AUGAUCGACAUGCGUAAUGGAAACAAGGGAUCAAAUAGCCAGUGGACGAAAAAUCAGAAACGAUUUCCGAAAAUCAAGUCCAUUGAGUACGACAGACGGAUAGCGUUUAACGCUACCACUCUUAAGGUCUACGAGGUUCGAGCUCCCGAGACCUUCAUCAGUUUUCUCGCAUUCAUCUACGACUCAGUGGACGAAGGCGAACCACCUCCCAGGUAG